AUGUUGGGGGUCACCGCGGAGCGGGAGGGGCCACCUCGGCCGCUAGGGGUCGCUGCGGGGCGGGAAUGCUGGGGGUCGCUGCGGGGCGGGAAUGUUGGGUGUCACUGGGGAGCGGGAGGAGCCACCUCGGGCGCUAGGGGUCGCUGCGGGGCGGGCGGGGCGGGCCCAUUCAAAAGCGGAGUGAGCAGGUCGGCGGGCCAGACUCGCCCGGCCGCUCCGGCGAGCGCUUCCCGUUCGGUCGGUCGGUCGGUCCGCAGCCCGCCCGCAGCCGAGCCCGGGGCAGGAGGCGCGGCUGUGCUGUCCCUCGGCCUCGCCCGCCCGCUGCGGCGGAGCCUCGUCGCCUUCCUCCGGUGGGGCGGGCGCGGGAGCCGCCGGCGGCGGGAGGACGGCGCCCGGGCGCUGCUGCUGCCGCCGCCGCCGCCGCCGCCGCCGCCGCUGCCGGAGCCGCGGCCGUCGGCGGCCCGCGGGCCCCCCCCGCAUGGUGCCGGCACCAUGCUGGAGAGCGGCGGCUGCAGGGCGCUGAAGGAGGGCGUGCUGGAGAAGCGCAGCGACGGGCUGCUGCAGCUGUGGAAGAAGAAGUGCUGCAUCCUCACCGAGGAGGGGCUCCUGCUCAUCCCGGCCAAGCAGCAGGCCGGGCCCCCGCCGCCCCCGCCCAGCCCGCCCCCCGCCGCCGCCGCCGCCGCCGCCGAGCAGCCCCCGGCCAAGCUCAAGGAGCUGCACUUCUCCAACAUGAAGACGGUGGACUGCGUGGAGCGCAAGGGCAAGUACAUGUACUUCACCGUGGUCAUGGCCGAGGGCAAGGAGAUCGACUUCCGCUGCCCGCAGGACCAGGGCUGGAACGCGGAGAUCACGCUGCAGAUGGUGCAGUACAAGAACCGCCAGGCCAUCCUGGCCGUCAAGUCCACGCGGCAGAAGCAGCAGCACCUCGCGCAGCCGCCGCCGCAGCCCCCGCCCGGCCCCCGCCUCCCCCGCACCACCUCCAACUCUGCCUAGCGACCGCCCGGGGAGGACCGGGGCAGGACCGGGGGCCCGCGCCGGGCUCCUCCGCCCCCUCCAUCCCGCCUCCGGACCCGCGGACACCGCGGGGGGCGAAGGACCAAAAGAAGCGGGCACGGACCCCCGCGCCGCCCGGACCCCCGGACGGCCAGACUUUAACUCUUAUUUAUGGACCUUGGAAACGAUCUUCUAGGAGGGUGGACCCUCCGGGGGAUGCGAUGUACUGUAAUGUUAUUUUAAUGUAUUUUAAUUUACCGUUAUUUAUUAGGGUCUUUUUUUAAAAAAAAAAAAAGAAAAUGCUCGCUUUCGGACGUUGCUGAUUGUAGGCCAUUAUCCCGCAAAGUCAAAUAGCAAAGAAUUCAUUAGCGCCCCGGUAAUGAUAAUGGCAUUUAUUAAGCGCUUACUAUGUGCAAAGCACUGUUCUAAGCGCUGGGGAGGUUACAAGGUG